UCGAUUGGUCGAAAAUUAAAUCGAAGUUGCAGUUUACAAACAGAAUUGCAAAAAACAAAGAUAAGAUAAAGAAUAAAAGAAGAAAAAAAAAAAAAUAUUAAUAAUAAAAACAUCAUCUAGGAUGGACACAGAUAUUAACGAGUCACUAAAUUUGGAUACAAUUUUAAAGCAGGCCACAGGAUGGACAUUUGCUGGAGACUUUCAGUUGCUUCAAUGGAUGAAUAAGAUAUCGCAGGAUCUGGAAUCAAGAGCAUCUAACACUUCAAAGAAUUUGGCAAAACUUAACAAUGAUGUUAAGUACACAUUGGCCAAAUUGGAUAACGUUACAAAUAGUUUGACUGCAAUGUCAUAUGGCAAUCAAUUCGUGGAAUGCAGGGUUCAAGAUGACGAUGAGAUAACAAUGGCACAUGGACAUAGUGGGCAAUCAAACGGUGUUAAUGCAGAAAAAUCAGCAUCAAAAGAAACAAUUGUAAAAUUUAUUGAUAAUAAUCUAAAAUUAUUACGCAAUUGGCAUGAAAAGUAUUCAUUGGAUAUAUACGAUUCUGAUGAGGAUGAUGAUAAUGCUAAUUUAGAAAAGACACUUAUUUUCCAACCUGUAAAUCCCUAUAAUGAAAGACCCUUACCACACAUUUUUGGAUCAAAGGAGUGGCAUGCAAAUGGACACGUGGGUUUAAGUUGCGAGGAUAAAGAGAAUUGUUAUUCAGGCGAUGAAUUAUCUGAAGAAUUUUCAGAGACGUCAUCAUCUAUCGAGGAAGAAGAAAACGAAUCGUAUGAAACGAAUUCCGAGUGUACAUCGAAUUUUUCAGUAGGAAAUGAUGCUAUAAACCCUGCUAUCGUGAACACAAACGUAAAAAAUAUUGUGGCUCCUCUCAGCACUGAAUCAAGUUCCACGCAUUCUUCUGCUAUUAGCAAUGAGGCCAGAAAUUCUGAUCUCUUGCAUACAAGGCUGUUGAACACUCCAGGUCGUGCUAGUAUUGAAUCAAGUUCUAAUUCUUCGGCAGCCAAUUUAACAACUUCCAAUCUGCAGGCCAGAUCAGGGAAUGAUAGUAUGCAGGUAAAACCGAAAAUCACGGGAAACAUUCCACCAUAUAGAGAUUUAUUUGGAGAGCCACCUGAUGAUAUAGAAUCAACACCUUCAUCGACCAUUUCACGUAAUCCUAUUAAUCUGUUCGAUGAUGACGAUGACGAUGACUACGGUGUAUUUAAUUCUAUUUCUGUUAAUAAGAAAAAUGACCCCGUAUUUGUACCAAGUCCACUAACAAAUACAGAAAAUACUGGCACUGGACUUGAAAAUCCCGAAGAUGAAAACAUAAAAAGUACAUCAAACCAAAAAACGAGUAGUAGUAGAACCAUAAAACCUGCACUUCUGGAGGAACUUGAAGACAGGCUUUUUAAUGUAUCAUCACCAGUGAAACCCGUUGCGAACGACGAAAAAAAUAAUGGCCCACCAUCCUCCAUAAAACAAAAGACGCGACCAAACCUGUUUGAUGAAGAGGAUGACGAUGACGAUUUUUUGAGUGCUUUUGUUAAGACACAAAAAUUACGCGAAACUGAAAAAUCUUUUGAGCCUCAUUUGUCUUCUUUUGAUAGUAAAGCAAAAGCUGGAGAAACCAGCAACAAAGUCAAGGCCAUUAAUGAAAACCAAGAAAACAAAUCGGAUAAAGAGAAAAGAACUGAAUUAGCUCCAGAAAAUAUGCAUAGAAAAGGCAAUGAGAAUAGAAGCCAACAACCCACACUGAAUAUUCUGAGUAAGGUCAACUUGUUUGAUGACGAAGACGAUGAGGAUGAAUAUAACCUUUUUGCACCCAAAACUCAGACAGCAAAGGUGAAUAAAGAAGGCGAAUUGGUAAGAAACAAAAAUAUUAUAGUGGAGCCUAAUGAUGACAAAAGUAGCAAAAAGGACGAGAGAGACACACUUCAAUCAUCAAGAGGCGUAUAUAAAGAUUUAUUCGAAGACGAUGGAAAUGCUUUAGAAGAUAAAAAUAAAACUCGUGGUUCUGAAAAGGAUGCAGCAAAUAGUCAAACCACUAUCCAGCCAGAUAUAAGCCAAAUAGUACCUUUACCUUUACAAAGGAAUUUAUUUCAGUCAAAUGAGGUUGCAGACGUUAAGGCGAACCCCGGUGAAACGAUGCCCCAAGAGGAGAAAACCAAUUCACCACUAUCUAUGCCAAAUAGGUCUGUCACUAAAGCUAACAUCCCAUUACCGUCCCAGAGGAAUUUAACCAAUUUGUUUGAUGAUGUUGAAAAUGUGCCCGCAAAGACGGAAACCAAAACUGAAGAAGAGAAAAGAACUCCCAAAUCGUACAUGCCUGAAAAUACAACCCAUAGUACCAAAUUCCCACUUCCACUUCAAAGGAAGUCAAUAGAAGAUGCAGAACAAUUAGAAAAUGCGACUAAAGUGUCUACGCGUUUUGUAAAUAAAUCCGAAAUUAAUUCCAAUUUAAAUGAAAAGUCAGCUCAGCAAGACGUGACUGUUUGUGAUGAAGACGAAACACAGUCCAGCAUUUUCUCUGUUGAUGUAAACGUUUCCCUUCAAGACAAAAAAGAACCAGCCAACGAAGAUAAAAUUCUUUCGGUAAUACCAGAUGUCAUAAGAAGUAAUUUGGAAGCAAAGGAUAAUUCUGUCCAAGCUGAAACGCUUCCCGAAUUUGAUGAUACUACGAAUAUGCCGCAUGAUACCCUAGAAUCCAGUAGUAGUGACAAAGCAUUGGCUUCGUCAAAAUAUGAUUUCAAUUCCAGUCUAAUUUUCGAUGAACCACCUGAUGAUGAUGAAUUUUUCGAAAACCUAGGGAAAUCAACACAGAUUUCAAACACAAAAUUUAGUGGUUUUGAUUUAGAAAAUGAUUUAUACCCUGAACCGGAUUUACCUAUAACGCCACCUACCACCACAGAAAAACCGGCAGUAGACUAUACUGGAUUGCAUAUAUUCAGUGACGUACCGCCCGACGACAACAACUAUGAAGAUUCUAUUCCACCCAAGACGGACUUUACCAAACAUUUAAAUAGUGUAUUUUAUGACGAUUUUAAUGAGACACUAUUAGCAAUAGACAGAAAUCGGGAUGCCCAAAAAGAUUCAGUAUCAGCAGAGAAUAUGUCACAAGAAGCUUUGUUGGAGAGUUCCAAGAGCAAGAGCUUGUUAAAUGAUCCCACAGAGUUUAGUAAGGGUUUCAUUGCAGGUAAAACCGGAUCUGUUAAACGCCCAAUCUCAAAAUUACAACUGCCCAAUCUCAAUAUAAAUGUUCAAGCUUUAUUGCCUAGUAAACCUGGGAAGUCUGUACCAUACAACGCUGUUCAAAAACAGUUAGACAGCAAUGUAGUAGAGCAGCCUUCUUCAAUUCAGAAUCCAAAGGUAAAUGAUACUAUUCGAACUCCUGAAACCGAACACAUAUUGCAGAAUGUGAAUAAGAAUCGGGUACGUGCGCCUGCCAAUCGCAGACCUUCAACAAGAAAAGCUAGACAAGAAAACUAUCGCAAAUCUUUGCUGAUGGAAGAACAGCUAUCCCAUAACCCCGCGAACGAUGUGAAGCCAGGGAAUAAUACCGAAGAAAAGCCACAAGAAAAGCAAGAGUACAAGAGAAGCAAUGUAACAUUUCUGGCAACAAAUGCUACUCAAAAUCAAACUGGACAUCUGGAUGUGAACAAAUCGAAGUUUGGUGCAAAUAAAAAUAUAUUGCCUGGAAAGGGUAAUGAGGAGCCAAUAAUUGGCGACAAAAGAAGACCUAUUGUCGAAAGUCUGAUUUCCGUUGAACAUGACUUCUUGAAAAGUGUCAGUACCAAUGUUGCGUCAAAUCUAUCCCAAACCAAGGUUUCUCCCAGACAUGACACACCGAAAACCCAAAUUCCUGAUAAUACUUCAAAUAAAUCUACAUUUGACCAACGACAAAGUGAUAGUCUUAGUCUUAACAAGGAAAUUAAAAUUAACGAAGACAAAAAUAUCAAAGAGUUCAAUAGCACAACGGAAAAAAGUCGAGUAAUUACUAAAUCUUUCGAUGCAUUUCUGAGUGAUGAAAGUGAAGAUGAUGAUUUAUUUGGAAAUAUUUCUAGUAGGGCGAUGCCAAUUCAGAAGCCACCAUUGCAGACGCAUAGUGGCGGAAAGAUUGAUACAUCGAAAAAUGAUACUCCAAGUUUAACUUCCAUUGGCAGUAGUAACAAGAAAUUAAGCAAGCCAGAAACUAACUUAGAUGAACUGGCUUCCAAAAUUAUUCCAAACAACCCUACAGCCAAGCCAGUGGCGGAUGUUCGACAUCCCCCACAGCCAAAAAGAAAUCCAAAUGAGUCCAUAGAAAAAGAUAAAGAGAAUUCGAAAACUAUUUUUGGAAAUUCUAGUUCAGAAAGUGAUGAUGAUCUCUUCGCUAAUUUGGGCGCAAUUACAGCGAAACAUACAAAAAUGGAUGUUCCUAAAACUAUGCCACUUCCGAAGGUGCCGCCUAAAUCUCAAGCGGUGGUAAAUAAGAAAAAUUCUUCGCUAUUUAGCGAUGAUAGCGAUGACGAUGAUUUUCUGAAACCUUCCGCCAAGCUGCUUGUACCAAAAAAAGAAUCUAAAGCUCAAACCCAUCACACCGGCAGCAUUUUUGGCGAUUCCGACAGCGAUGGCGACGAUCUAUUUAAAACUAAGGACAAAGUCAAGAAAACCCCACCAUCUAUUGCUGCACCGACGAAACAAACAACGAGCAAAGCUGCCCCCAUGACAGAUAAUCCGCUGGCCGAUCUGUUAUAGUUGGUAAUAGACGCCAGACACAUACUACAUACAUAACUAAAGUGCAUUCAAAUUCGUAUAACGAAUUAUAAUUUAAUAGUUAUUUCUUUUGUAUUUACAGUGAAUUACAAAUUAUUCUAGAAAAAACACAUACAUACAUACAUAAGUAUACAUAUCUACAAAAAAUAUAUUAAAUAAAAAAUCGUUGUAUUUGUUCUUUAAUUAAUAAAAUAGCAUAUGUAAAAUUAA